GUAAUACUUUUGUGUCAUUUUUUCAUUUUGGUUUAAUCUUGUCUCAUAACUCAAGUCCAUCUUUUUAUCUCUCUAAACUCAGCUGUUCAGACCAGAAGAAAUAGAACUACUUGUUAGAGGAAGCGAUGAGCCUUUAGAUAUCGAGCAACUCAGAGGGCAGACGGAGUAUCAUGGAUUUGAAGAAACCGAUGAAACCGUUGGGUAAUGAUUUGUUGCUUUGUUUGAUCGAUUACUACGCUACCGACAAUCUGAUUUUUCUUUCCUCAGGCAAUUCUGGGAUAUCAUGAAGGAAAUGCAGCCGCAGAUGCAGCGUAAAUUGCUGACGUUUGUCACUGGUAGUGAUCGUAUCCCUGCGACGGGAACGGCUAGAAUGAGAUUUCAAAUCACUUGCGGCGGUAGUGACUGUGACCGGUUACCAUCAGCUCACACAUGUUUCAACCAGCUCAUUCUCUUUCGAUAUCAAUCUGGAGAAAAGUUAAAGAGAAUGCUUGAGAUGGCAAUCACGGAAAGCCAAGGCUUUUAUGUUAAAUAAAGUAAACUACAUAUUUUUGUUAAAGCUGCGGAAA